AUGGGUGGCUGCGUGAUCUCUGUGAUGGCGAAGCGCAACGCGGCGCAAGUGAUGCCCGACCCGCACGCCGAGGAGCUCGAGCGCCGGCGUGCCGAGUGCGGCGGUAGCUUUGUGCAACGCGUGCCCGGGACGGAGAGCGAGCACGCCUCGGCCAUCUACCGCAUCGCCGGCGUGACAGCGGCGCAACACGAAGCCAUCCUCGCGGCGGCAGCGGUGAGGCCAACCCUUUACACCACGCUGAUGCGGUGCUGCGCGGAGCGCACGGACCAGCGCGUGCUUGGCUACCGCCCUGUGAAAUGCGUCACCAAGGAGCGAGCGCCGUUGACGGCAAGCGGCGGCAAGAGCGGAUCGGCGAAGAAGGAGCGGCUCAUGAGCAUCACGCACUUCGACGAGGUCGUGUACGUCACCUACUCGGAACUGGAGAAGCGUAUCCUCGACUUCGGCGCCGGCCUGACCGCCCUCGGCGUCACCGCCACCGGAAACGUGUCCAUCUACCUCGACACGUGCGUCGAGUGGCUGGUGGGCAUCUACGGCAUCUGGUCCUGCAGCGCCGUCGCCGCCACCGUCUACGCCAACCUUGGCGAGGCGGCCCUGGCGCACGCGCUGCACGAGACGGAGAGCCAGGCAGUUCUCUGCGGCGCGGCGAAUGUGGCGAACGUGCUGAAGCUGAUGAAGAACGGGGUCAUGCCGCAGGUGCCGAUCAUCUACGUCGGCGCCCUGCCCGCUUCGCUCGACACGCACGGCGUGCAGGUGGUGAGCUUCAAGCAGGUGGAGAUGAUGGGCGCGGCGCACCUCGAGGGCGGCGCGGCGAAGAGCACGGGGCCGUUGAACGACGACGACCUGGCAUUGAUCAUGUACACGAGCGGCACGACCGGUGACCCGAAGGGCGUCAUGCACACGCACCGUACAUUGGCCGCUGGCCUGCACACCCUCGAGCCGCGCGUCAUCGACCUGCUCGGCCAGCCGCACUCCGACGACGUGUACCUCUCCUACCUGCCCAUGGCGCACAUCAUGGAGUUCACCAUCACAAACCUAUUCAUCUUCCGCGGCGCCUUUAUCGGCUUCGGCACGCCGCGCACGCUGACGGACACCACGGCGCGGCCGCACGGCGACCUGCUCACGUUCAGCCCGUCCAUGCUCGCUGGCGUGCCGCGCAUUUUCGACACGCUCAAGAAGGCCGUCGAGGCGAAGCUGCCGCCCGUGGGCACGCUCAAGCGACAGGUGUUCGACCACGCCUACCAGAGCCGGCUGGCGGCGCUGAAGGAGGGCAAGGACACGCCGUACUGGAACGAGAAGGUGUUCGCGGCGCCGCGCGCCGUGCUCGGCACCCGCCUACGGAUCAUGCUCAGCGGCGGCGGCCCGCUGUCCGCCGCGACGCAUGAGUUCGUGAACGUGGUCUUUGGCCGUGUGGUGAUUGGCUAUGGCCUCACGGAGACGAUCUGCGUCGGUGCCAUUCAAAUCCCCGGCGACCUGGAGACGAACGUGACGGGCUUGAUGGAGCCCGGCCAGGAGAUCAAGUUGCUCGACAUCGACGAGUACAAGCACACGGACUCGCCCGAGCCGCGCGGCGAGAUGCUGUCACGCGGCCCCUUUCUGUUCAAGGGCUACUACAAGCAGCCGGAGCUGACGCGCGAGGUGCUGGACGAGGACGGCUGGUUCCACACGGGCGACGUGGGCAGCUUCACCGCGGAUGGCAAGAUGCGCAUUGUCGGGCGCGUCAAGGCGCUGGCGAAGAACUGCCUGGGCGAGUACAUUGCACUGGAGGCGCUGGAGGCGGUCUACUCUGGCAACGAACUGCUGCAGCCGAACGGCGUGUGCGUACUCGUGCACCCCGACAAGCCGUACAUCACGGCUCUGGCGCUGACGGACGAGGCGCGCGCACUGAACUUUGCGGCGAAGCACGGUAUCGAGGGCACGUACCCGGCCCUGCUGAAGGACCAGCGCUUCCAGCAGGCAGCCGCGAUGUCGAUGGCCGACACGGCCCGCGCCUCGAACCGCGUGUCCUUCGAGUGCGUGAAGCGGGUGCGCGUGAUCGACGACGAGUGGACUCCGGAGAACGAGAUCUUGACGGCUGCCCAGAAGCUGAAGCGCCGCGUCAUCGAUGUGCAGUACGCGCAGACGAUUGCGGAGCUCUUCACGGAUGAUUAA